AUGGUGUACUCUGUUCCAAUCAUUAUUUUCCUUGAUGACGUCUCAGGUAAUAUAUCGAAGCAGUGGAAUAAACACCAUGCUGUCUAUAUGUCAAACGGCAACCUCCCCCGUGAAAUGCUGGAGAAAGAGUUCUGUAUCCGAUAUGUAUCAUCAUCUCCGCAUGCAAGCCCCAUGGAUCUGUUGCGAGGGGUGCGAGAAUCUGUCGAGGAAGCUGCACGGGACGGCAUUGAGGCAUAUGAUUGCUUGUAUGACAAGAGGGUGCUACUAGUGCCAUACAUUGUUUUCUUGGCUGGCGACAAUCCAAUGCAAGCCGAGGAGUGCAGCCAGUCAGGGCUAGCCAGCAACCAUUUUUGUCGGACUUGCACAGUUGGAGGCACGCAGGAGUUCAAGCACAGCGACGAGGGAUACAACAGCCUAUUUGAGACUGGCGAGCCAAGAAACAAACAAGCGACGGUAGAAUGUAUUGAGGAGCAGUUUGAUCUUGCUCUGAAAUCAGGGGCUGCUGACAAACUUCAGAAGAAUGUCCAGUCAAACGGCACGCGCGAUGCGACAACAACUGCUGUGCUAAAUGCUGUGGUUGAACUGGGGAAGAGUCUACGAAAACGCGGGAAGGGUUCUUCAAGAAUGACUGAGGCUAAGGUAACCGAGGUGCUACAAGACGAGCUCGAGCGAAACCUUCGUGGAUUUUCUAUCCGCGACUCCAUCAAUCCACUUCUGGGGAUACCGACAUUCGAUCCUCAUACCGACACACCAACGGAGGUCCUUCACACCGUCCUCCUUGGUGUCGUCAAGUACUUUUGGGGUCAAACGGCAUGGCUUCUCAACCGCGACCACCUUCUGGAACGAUUCCGCAGUCGCCUGGAUUCACUCUCAGCUGAUGGACUCAAUGCUCCGAAUCUCAGCGCAGACUACAUUUGCCGUUACCGGGGUGGUCUCAUUGGCAAACAUUUCAAGAGCUUAGCGCAAGUAAUGCCUUUUUUAAUUUAUGAUCUGGUGCCCAAGGCUGUCCUCGAUGCGUGGACGCUCAUCGGGGAGCUUGUUGUCUUGAUCUGGCAUACGAAGAUUGAUAAUACCAAAGUUUAUACAGUGAGCCUUAUUAAUUCAAAGUCAAUGUAUAUUCUCAGCUCACUUUUCGAUCUGUAG